AUGGAGCCAGAGGCGAAUAAAAAAUUUGAUCCUGAACUACUUUCUGAAUCCGAGAGGCGCAUCUUCCAAAUCUAUGGACGGGUGCGUGGCGGUCAAAUGAAGGAGCGAAAGUACUUUGAUUCUGGUGAUUUCGCACUUUCUGCAGCUGGUAGGGAGACCGAUAAUGGCGCAAUAAAAACUGGGGUGGAUUAUCCACGGCGUGAGAGUAUUUCACGUCCUCAUGCUCCAGUUCCCAAGUCUAGUAAUGUCAAUGACGAUGCCAAUGAGAAACCUCAUGACCAAACGAGGGGUGAUGCGGAAAUGGUAGAUACCCCUCUCCACCAACAUACCGAGUCGAAUGAGAAAACCAAACGCAUUUAUGAGUCUACUACGUAA